UCUGCCAGACUGGCAAUCGUUUAGAAUCCAACGUGAAUAUCUGCUGGCGAUUCCCUCAUAAUAUUUUUGAAUUGUAACCACAAAUAUUAUUUUAAAAACAUAUAUAUCCAAUCAAGAAUCGUGAGAUGAUUAACAGCACUUUUGAAAUUUGAAUACAACACAGUGGUGCUGUACUGGGUUUAGGGUUCUUUUGUUGGUGGUGGGUUGAUCUUCAGAGUGAGAGUACUUACUGAAAUUAACAGAUCUCACCAGCAUUAUACUGGUUAGCCAAGAUGGUUGCACAAGACUUCACUGUGGACUUAAGUAAACCUCUUGUCUUCCAGGUUGGCCAUCUUGGUGAAGCUUAUCAGGAGUGGGUUCACCAGCCAAUUGUUAGCAAGGAAGGCCCUCGGUUUUUUGAAAGUGAUUUUUGGGAGUUUUUGACACUCACAGAGUGGUAUGUAAUUCCCCUCAUUUGGCUCCCAGUUGUUGGCUGGUUCAUCUUAAAAUCCAUUCGAAUGGACCUUACAAUUCCUCAGGUGGCACUGUUUAUGGCAUUUGGCAUCUUCAUUUGGACAUUGCUAGAAUACACUUUGCAUCGUUUCCUUUUCCACAUCAAGACAAAGAGCUACUGGGGAAACACCAUUCAUUAUCUUAUUCAUGGUUGUCAUCAUAAGCACCCAAUGGAUGGUCUACGCCUUGUCUUCCCUCCAGCUGCAACUGCUAUUCUCUUGUUGCCAGUCUGGAACUUGAUGAAUUUUUUAGCUACUCCUUCUACUGCUCCUGCUAUGUUUGGAGGUGGUCUACUGGGUUAUGUGAUGUAUGAUAUAACCCAUUACUACUUGCACCACGGACAGCCAACCAGUGAAGUACCUAAAGGACUCAAGAAAUAUCAUUUGAAUCAUCAUUUCCGCAUCCAGGAUCGAGGCUUUGGUAUCACUUCCCCACUCUGGGACAAGGCCUUCGGAACACUACCUCCAUUGAAAUUGGCUAAGAAGAAUAGAUGACUGUAAUGUGGAGAAGGCGUCUUGGAAGUUAUCUAUAAUCGAAAUAUUCUUGCUUCAGCCAUUGUGUACCGUCUGUCUUCUGAGCAAGUUUAGCCUAUUUGUCCUGUUCAACAUUUUUCUUUUAGGAAUUUGUAUAAAACAAACUGAUGAUCGUGUAUCAAGUAUAUCAUACUUGGUUACAUGAUUUAUUUUUGAUUAUUUUCACUGGACUACUUUUUUAGAUACUUGAUCAGCUUCUGCUAUGGUAUAUAGGCUAUUUUUGAGCCCAUUUAUGGAGAAAAUAUAUUUUAUAUUA